UGUGGCUCCAUCCAUAGUAAAUCAUGGCUAAUUAUUUAGCCAUGUAGUAAAUGAUGUAACAAUGUAAGAUUAUAGUCACAGAAUUCUGUGUUAAAGUCUUCACGAAGUCUAUCAUGAUUCAUGGUAGUGAUAAAUGAUAGGACUACGGCAGUGAUAUACUGAUAUGGACAUUUUUUCUUCAGACAUAAAAGCCAUAGCCACCUGUUGUAAUGGUCUAGUUUAUGAUUAUUAAUACUGGUAAGUACUCUAAUUACAUCGAAGCCUGAAGUUGAACAACCAGUAAUUAUAUUCAUAAUUCGAAGUUUAAUCAACUACUGGGCAUCAUGGAGCUAGUGAACAUUGCUAAAACAAAUUUACGCAAUAGCUUAAAAAAAAAACUGUCUCAUAUGACUGCUAGUGAAAUCGAAGAACAAUCAAAAAUCAUAACUAACAAGGUAUUAUCUCAUCCAGUGUACACAAGAAGCAACAGAGUGUCAAUAUACCUCAGUAUGGAUUCUGAAGUCCAAACAAAUAAUAUUGUUGAAAACAUUUUUCAUUCAAAAAAAACAUGUUUUAUUCCAAAGUAUAACAAAUUUGAAAUGCUUAUGGUGGAGAUAAAAUCAUUAGAUGAAAUUAAUAGUUUGCCUAAAACCAAAUGGAAUAUAUCACAACCAGCCGAUAAUGAUAUGCAUGAGGAUGCAUUAACAACAGGUGGUUUAGAUUUGAUUAUAGUGCCAGGCUUGGGUUUCACCAUAGAUGGAAAACGAUUAGGACGAGGAAAAGGUUAUUAUGAUCGAUGCAUAAUUGAAUAUAAAAAGAAAUAUCCAUUUAAUAAUUUGAAAACCAUUGGAUUAGCAUUUAGUGAACAAAUAUGUGAUGACAUACCCAUGAGUCAACAUGAUAGUUUGAUUGACUUUUUAAUUUGUCCUUAAUUAUUAUGAUUAUAAAUUAGUGUUAUAUAUAAUAUGUUUGUAUUACUUAUGUAUAGAAAUAAUAAUAAAUGUUAUGAUUUUUGUGAAAGGUUAAGAAUGUUAUGCAUUAAUUGAGAGUUGGUUUAAUUUGUUGAACUGCUGAUUUACUAAACUGGGACCAAGCGUGGACAAAUCAAGUCUGAAUGGUGUGAAACUUCACAAGGUUCAUUAUUAGAACUUGGAUGUUUAUGACUUGGCACAUUUUUUUCACGCUACCAAAAUUAUACCCGAGUAUGACAUAAAUUCGAUUCAUGAAUUCUAGAUUACUAAUAUGUUAACUUAUUUUGCAUAUUUUUGUAUAUUUGACCUUUUUGAGCAUAU